AUGGUGCUGGUGGACCUGCACGCCGCGGCCGCCAGCGCGGACCUGGCCCGGCUGCGGCAGCACUGGUGGCUGAACAAGCACCGCAUCAAUGGCUACAACCCGGACAAGCAGACUCCUCUGCAUCUUGCUUGCAUAAAUGGCCAUGCAGAUGUUGUUCAGUUUCUGGUAGAAAAGAAGUGCAAGCUAAAUCCUUGUGACAAAUUGAAUAAAUCACCACUAAUGAAGGCAGUAGAGCACCAGCACAAGGACUGUGCAGCUAUUCUGCUGGAACACGGUGCCAACCACAACCACAGAGAUGUAAAUGGUAACACUGCCCUUCACUUUGCUGUCAUGGUUUCUAGCAAAUCUCUCGUGGAGCUGUUACUUGAGCAUGGUGGAGAUAUCAAUGCUAAGAAUAAAUUCGGAUACACUCCGCUUACUCUUGCAGUCACUGAAAACUGUGAAGAAACGGUCAAGUUCCUUCUUCAAAAGGGAGCUGAUGUGAAUGCUCAGGAUAAUAUUUAUAGGAGCCCUCUUACAGUUGCUACUGUUUCUGGGAAUAAGAAAACAAUACAACUUCUUCACCAUGGUGCUGUUCUUCCUGAGUCAGACAUGGGACUCUACCUAUGUCAAGCUUUCACCAAAAUGGUUCAAAGUGAUGUUAUUGCUAAUGAACGAAUUGGCAGCUCCUGCUAUGAGACAGCUCCUGUCAUUCCCUUGGAAACACCUGCAUUGGCAGAGUCACGUGAUGUGCCAAAAGAAGAAGCAGCAGAAAAGGAAUACAAUGGUCCAGCUGCAAGCAAAAAUAAAGUGUCUGUGCAAUCUAUUACAGUGCAGCCCUACAGAGGUGUCUUGCCAGCAGCAGCAGCAGCAGAAGUGAAAAAGGAAGACAGUGAUUCCUCCUGGGGAUCUGAGCCUAGUACUGAAGUUCUAGAUGAAUUAGCAACCACUGUGCUGCUUCCUGCUGGCAGAAUGUUUCCAGAGCCCGCUGUUGCCAAGGAGAGUAUCAAAGGGACCUCGCAAGCAGCAGGAGCAGCAAAAGAGAAAGACAGUGACUCCCUCUGCAAUCCUAAGCAUCUCAGUGAUCUUAGAGAGAAAGUGAUUAACCCCGUGCAGCAUCCUGCUGGAAAAUGCCGUAGAGUGGGUGUGCGCUCUGCUGCUGAGGAGUGUGGCAAAGGGGUUUUGCAACCAGCAGGAGGAGCAGUGAAAAAGGAAGACACCGAUUCUCCCUGGGAUUCUGAGACUGAUCCUAAAGGUCCAGAGAAAAUGCAGGCUAGUGUGGGGCUUCCUGCUACAAACAGCAGCAGGUUGGAUGCACGCCCUGCUGCAGUGGGGCACAGCAAAGGUGUCUUGCCAGCAGCAGCAGCAGCAGAAGUGAAAAAGGAAGACAGUGAUUCCUCCUGGGGAUCUGAGAAGAAGUGUUUGCCAGCAAGCGGCGUCCUGCUGCAGACCACAAAGGAGUGGGUGUGCGCUCUGGUGCUGCAGAGUACAGCAAAGGGGUCUUGCAACCAGCAGGAGGAGCAGGAGAUGAUGAUUCUUCUUGGGAUUCUGAGACUGAUUCUGAAGGUGAAGGGGAAGUGUUGGCUGCUGUCCAGCUUCCUGCUGCAAACACCAGCAGGUUGGAUGCAUGCUCUGCUGCAGUGGAACGCGGCAAAGACUGAUUCUGAAGGUCGAAGGAAAGUGUUGGCUGAUGUGCAGCUUCCUGCUGCAGACCAAAACAGAGUGGGUGUGAGCUCUGCUGCAGUUGAGCUCAGCAAAGCUGCAAGAGCAGAACAGAAGGAACAUCUUAUCUCCUCUUCUGAGAAUAAGCCAUUGGCCAGGCAGAAGCUUGACAAAAUUCUCAAAAAGAAUUCCCUGGAAGGAGCUCCACUUGGAACUGUGAAGACCAACAGCAGGAGGGAACAGAAGCUACUGUUGGAGAAACUGGAGAAGUGUAAAACUAAGCUUAAGGACCUAAAAGAACUUCUUAACAAGAAUGAUUAUUAUGCUGAGUCAGGGAAGAAUGCCCUAAAGGAGAAGAAGGUAAUAACAAUUUUGAGAAACAUGCAAGGCCGCCUGGUUGAGUCUUUUGAUUCAUCAGCUGCAGCUAUCCCCCAGCUGGAAGAACGCAUUCAACGGCUCCAAAUUCAAAUGGCAAAGCUGGAAGCCACAAUCCAACAACAAGCCAAGACUAUGGAAAUCUUUGAGACAAUCCAGCAAAUCUCUAACCUCAGUAAGCUACUCAGAGCCUUCCCUGUUCAUAACUAA